UUAACUCAAAAUCAUCACCAUGGCCAUGAGCGAAAUGUCCGAGGAGGACCUGUCGGCGCCCGAGGAAGAGGAGGAUUUGGGACCCAAUAUAGGCCUCUACAUAGGCGGUCGAAAUGCUGCAGGACAGAGACAAGGUAGAGGUUGGGCCAUCCUGCCCAACGGAGAUCAGUAUGAUGGGAACUACAGGAAGGGUCGCCGUCACGGCAUCGGGGUGUACGUGUUCAAGGAUGGAUCACGGUACUACGGACAGUAUCGCUGCGGGAAGCGUUGUGGGCGCGGCAUCUUCAUCUAUCCGGACGGAUCCGUGUACGAGGGCAACUGGCGAAAGAACUUGAAGCACGGCAAGGGGCGGUACAAGUAUGUGAAUGGGGACAACUAUUCGGGUGACUGGUUCAAGGGUCAGCGUCAUGGGGUGGGCAUCUAUCACUUUAACAGCGGAACGGAUGGCUGCUGCCUGUCCGUCAGAAUGAAGGCCACCUGGAACAGCAACAUGCGAACGGGUCCCUUUGAGCUGUAUAUCGGCAAUGAGGACAAGUGCACAAUACUUCAUGGAAUUUGGGAUUCCCUGUACCCGAGUGGACCGGCCGUGUUUAGCUUCAACAAUCGAUACCUCCUGCUGGGCUAUUUCCUGCCCGCCAGUUACAACAUGAAGGCGAUCAGCAACGAAGACGAGAUGGAGGACGCCGAGGAGCGCUUGGAGGACGAGAUGGGUGAAGCGGAGCCAAUGGAACCAACACUAUGGUUCGCCCAGGAGAUGGCCGUGUAUGACUUUUCGUUGCUGCCACAGGAGCCAGUGCCUCUGGCCAUUUCCGACUCCGAGCUGUCCGUCUGCUCGCUCUCCACGGAGCCGAGCAUGCGCAGCGAGGAGAAGAUCAGUUGGUAUGGAGAGGGUGAGGAGGCCGAGGGCGAGGAGGGCGGCGAGAUGGAGUGCUUCCCAUGCGAGUGCGAUCUCACCGAUGUCAGCGAGGUGGAGACGGAGAGCGAGGUGUGCAAAAUCGACGCCAAUCCAUGCUGCAUUGAGAUCCUCAAGCAACCAGAAUGUCCAGAUCCAUAGGAAUGUAGCUACUAUUCCACAUGCAUUUGUUAUUGUUAUUUUAUGUUGCCUGCAAAUGAAAGAAUAUAUCAGUAUAUCUGAAAAAAAAAAUAUUUAUAUUAACUCGGUGG